AUGCUGAUACUGACCGGAGUGUCAUUCCGAUUCGGCGAUAUCUGCCAUAUCAACGUAACCAAUGGACUAUACGACUACUGGAUCCCAGUCAUGAUCUUUGCCGUCGCAGCCCUCUUCCUCCAACUAUCAACAAUGAUCUACUGCACCCACAUCUACCUCCGCUCCCUCUUCGACAAAUCUGCCUCAACAUCAGGCAGCUCCGGGACCAACCUCCCCUCCUACACAUCCAGCAUCGGUACCGUGACAGCCCGGCAGGCCUACCGGCGUGUACGUCGCGUCCUUAAACUCCAAUGGCGCGGCAUCGCACUGACAUCAAUUAUCCUCGGCAACGUCCUCUUCUUCGCAGUCGUCUUCAUCAAUCUCGACAAUGCCGUCGCGCCAACAGUGGAAAACGUCAAAACCGCAGGCCCCUGGCUAAUGUGCCUCGCCGAAACUGGCGACAAGAAUCUCUGCCGCGAAUACGCCGCAGCCAUCGGACCCAACGAAGCAACCCUACUAGCAGUUGUGUUUCUGCUCUCACUUGUCGGCUUCUGGAACUUCAUCCUCUUCGCUCGUCCAUCUAUGUUCGCCGGUUGGCUGGAUCUAUUCCACCGCAAGGUGACACACCGCAACGAGUUUGUCUCUGCAGAUGCAACCGCCCGUUUCGCCGACAACAAGGGCUUCGAAAUGCUGACUACAUCCGUGAAAUCGCCCGAUACGUUCAUGCGCUCCCCAAGCCCUUCCCGAAUUGGGGGGCAUGACCGAAGCGAUUUCAUGCGCUCACCAAGCCCUACACAAAUGGGCGGGCCUGACCGUAACGAUUUCGUCCCCUCGCCGAGCCCUACGCAGAUGACUGGAUUCGGCCGUAGUCCGAUCGCCAGUCCAAGCCCAAGCUCCGAGCGCAAUGCUCAUGUCGGUCGUGAGGCCCGCUAUGUGCGUCCCUCCUUGAGCUUUUCUGGGCCUAGACCGCCUAGCUCGUUACAUAGUGCACGCGAGUGGGAUCCUCAAUCCACGUUUGCGCCGGGAUAUGGACGAGAACGAGUGUAA